AUGUUUAGGCUGUACUUUUUCUUCAACCUUAUCUGCCUGUAUUUGGCGAUCAAAAGUGCCCUGAGUGUGGAAAUCGAUUCCAAUGAUCAAAAGUUUGGCGACAUGCGAACCGCUGGUGGACGGGAGGUAACCGAUGGAGUCACAGAUCCGGACGGUUUGCGUCGAGAGGACAUCACCGAAGGAGUCAACAAAAGGGCCGCCGCCAUGUGGUUCGGUCCGCGGCUUGGAAAGCGAACCAUACCAACGGACCUUCACGACGAUCUAGUGGAGGAGUUUGACAGUGAGCCGCUUGGAUACGUUGGAGAACCACCGCAAAGGUUGGCCACCGAACUUGGGCAGGGAGCGCCCUACAUGGUGUUGCUGCUCACGGCAAAACCUCGAAACCCACAGCCCGUGUUCUACCACACAACGACGCCGAGACUCGGUCGACGGGAUUCGGUAGGUGAAAACCAUCAAAGACCCCCGUUUGCGCCACGUUUGGGCCGAAAUUUGCCCUUCUCACCGCGGCUAGGACGAUCGUACAACGGUGGGUAUUCGCUUCCGUUCCAGUUCGCGUACUAGACCGGAUUCCACCGCAUUCAAGCACCGACUUCCGGCAAAUGUCUGACCACAUCCCUGUUGGGCUGCAGCAGCGGCUGAGUUUAUUGGAAUUAAUUUGAAAAAAAAACACACACACACACGAAUGGCUGGAAUCCAACAAACUCAACUGGCUGGUGCAGUGGCAGGAAACCACAAGCUAACUCUCAACGAGCUGUAUAUGCACGCUGUAUUGUAAUAAAGUGUUAGGAAUCUCAA